CUCGUCUCUGGUGACCGGGCUGGCAGGCGGCUCUCAGUGGCGGCGCCGACAUGGCUGCGCUGGUGGAGCCGCUGGGGCUGGAGCGCGAUGUGUCUCGGGCGGUGGAGCUCCUGGAGCGGCUCCAGCGCAGCGGGGAGCUGCCCCCGCAGAAGCUGCAGGCCCUCCAGCGUGUCCUGCAGAGCCGCUUCUGCUCUGCCAUCCGGGAGGUGUACGAGCAGCUCUAUGACACGCUGGACAUCACUGGCAGUGCCGAGAUCCGGGCCCACGCCACAGCCAAGGCCACAGUUGCCGCCUUCACAGCCAGUGAGGGUCACGCACACCCCAGGGUAGUGGAGCUGCCCAAGACAGACGAGGGCCUGGGCUUCAACAUUAUGGGGGGCAAGGAGCAGAACUCGCCCAUCUACAUCUCCCGAGUCAUUCCCGGAGGUGUGGCUGACCGCCACGGAGGCCUCAAGCGUGGGGACCAGCUGCUGUCUGUGAAUGAGCGUCGAGGGCGAGCAGCACGAGAAGGCUGUGGAGCUGCUGAAGGCGGCCCAGGGCUCUGUAAAGCUGGUGGUGCGCUACACACCUCGAGUGCUGGAGGAGAUGGAGGCCCGCUUCGAGAAGAUGCGCUCUGCCCGCAGGCGGCAGCAGCACCAGAGCUACUCGUGAGCUUUCUGCUGCCACCCCUCCCCGGGGGCCUCCACUACCUGCCUUAUCCCCAGACUCCCAAAGCAGGCCAAUGAUUGGUGAAACCUUGAUUGCCACCCGCAGUCAUGGCUACUCUCCUGAGAGUCUGACCCUUGACCCCUGACCCAGACUCUCACCCCCAAGCCAUUCUGGCUAAAGCCCUUGGGGACUCAGCUGACUCCCAUUCAAGAUCUGGAAACUACUUUCCCUGGAAUUCCUCAAACCACUUCCCUGAGCCCUUGGUUCUGGAAACCCAGCCCUAGCUCUUACCCAUCCAUCCCCAGGUCCCUUACCCUGAGCCUGGCUCCCUUCUCUUCACCCUCC